AGGGACAGAAAGGAUCAUGUUGUGAGGCAGGUCCAAGGAGGGAAUGCAAGCAGAAAAAUAUAAGUUUCUCUGGAGCCUGCCAACAAUGGAAGAAACCAGUAGGAAUUUGUUCGAAACGUUUCAAGUAUUGAGCCAUCCUGCUGGAACCUGUGCCUGUCACAAAUGCUUUUCUGGGAGAAUACUGUGUGCAAAAAACCUGGUGAAAAAGGAUUUUUUCCGACUUCCUGAUCCCUUUGCCAAGGUUGUGGUGGAUGGAUCUGGCCAAUGCCAUUCUACAGAUACUGUGAAGAAUACACUUGAUCCCAAAUGGAAUCAGCAUUAUGACCUGUACAUUGGAAAGUCGGAUUCAAUAACAAUCAGUGUGUGGAAUCACAAGAAAAUCCAUAAAAAGCAAGGAGCUGGUUUUCUGGGCUGUGUGAGGCUUCUUUCAAACGCCAUCAACCGCCUUAAAGACACUGGUUACCAGAGGUUGGAUCUGUGCAAGCUUGGGCCAAAUGACAACGAUACUGUUAGAGGACAGAUAGUAGUAAGUCUCCAGUCCAGGGACCGAAUAGGCACAGGGGGACAAGUUGUGGAUUGCAGUCGGUUAUUCGACAAUGAUUUGCCAGAUGGGUGGGAGGAGCGGAGAACUGCUUCUGGAAGGAUCCAGUACUUAAAUCACAUCACACGGACAACUCAGUGGGAGCGACCGACACGGCCAGCAUCCGAGUACUCCAGCCCGGGCAGGCCCCUGAGCUGCUUUGUGGACGAGAACACUCCGAUCACGGGCACCAACGGCGCGACCUGCGGGCAGGCGGCGGACCCUCGGCUGGCUGAGAGGAGGGUCCGGUCCCAGAGGCACAGGAACUACAUGAGCAGGACACACUUGCACACUCCUCCUGAUCUACCUGAAGGAUAUGAACAAAGGACAACUCAGCAAGGUCAGGUCUAUUUUCUGCAUACUCAGACUGGUGUCAGCACGUGGCACGAUCCAAGAGUACCCAGGGAUCUUAGCAACAUCAAUUGUGAGGAGCUUGGUCCACUGCCUCCUGGAUGGGAGAUCCGAAAUACAGCCACAGGCAGAGUUUAUUUUGUUGACCAUAACAACAGGACGACGCAGUUCACAGACCCGCGGCUCUCUGCGAACCUGCACUUGGUCUUAAACCGGCAGAACCAGCUGAAGGACCAGCAGCACCAGCAGCAGCAGCAGGUGGUGUCCCUGUGCCAGCUCCCGGACGAGGCCGAGUGCCUGACGGUGCCGCGCUACAAGCGGGACCUGGUGCAGAAGCUGAAGAUCCUGAGGCAGGAGCUGUCCCAGCAGCAGCCCCAGGCUGGGCACUGUCGCAUCGAGGUCUCCAGGGAGGAGAUUUUUGAGGAGUCCUACAGGCAAGUCAUGAAGAUGAGGCCAAAAGACCUGUGGAAACGAUUAAUGAUCAAAUUCCGUGGGGAGGAAGGCCUUGAUUAUGGAGGAGUUGCCAGGGAGUGGCUCUACCUGUUGUCCCAUGAGAUGUUGAAUCCAUAUUAUGGGCUCUUCCAGUAUUCCCGAGAUGAUAUUUAUACCCUGCAAAUCAACCCCGACUCCGCCGUCAACCCGGAGCACUUGUCCUAUUUCCACUUCGUGGGCCGGAUCAUGGGCAUGGCUGUGUUCCACGGGCACUACAUCGACGGGGGCUUCACCUUGCCUUUCUACAAGCAGUUGCUUGGGAAGCCAAUCACUUUGGAUGACAUGGAAUUGGUUGAUCCUGAUCUUCACAACAGCUUAGUCUGGAUACUUGAGAACGACAUCACGGGAGUGCUGGACCACACGUUCUGUGUGGAGCACAACGCCUACGGGGAGAUCAUCCAGCACGAGCUCAAACCCAACGGGAAGAGCAUCCCCGUCACAGAGGAGAACAAAAAGGAAUAUGUCAGACUUUAUGUGAACUGGAGGUUUUUACGAGGAAUUGAAGCUCAGUUCCUGGCGCUCCAGAAGGGAUUUAAUGAAGUAAUCCCACAACAUCUGCUGAAGACAUUUGAUGAGAAGGAGUUGGAGCUCAUCAUUUGCGGACUGGGAAAAAUUGAUGUUAAUGACUGGAAGGCAAAUACCAGGUUAAAACACUGUACCCCAGACAGCAACAUCGUGAAAUGGUUCUGGAAAGCUGUGGAGCUCUUCGACGAGGAGAGGAGGGCGAGGCUGCUCCAGUUCGUGACCGGCUCCUCCCGAGUGCCCCUGCAGGGCUUCAAGGCACUGCAAGGUGCUGCAGGCCCACGACUCUUCACAAUCCACCAGAUCGAUGCCAGCACUAACAAUUUGCCGAAAGCUCACACCUGCUUCAACAGGAUCGACAUUCCCCCGUACGAGAGCUACGAGAAGCUCUACGAGAAGCUGCUCACGGCCAUCGAGGAGACCUGUGGCUUCGCUGUGGAAUGACCCUUCCCAGCCUCUCCCAGACUCUAUUUAUACUCCUGUCAGCCAGACAGCCCUUCCUUCCCUCAGCCAAGACUCAAGAAAUGCUUGAAAUACAGGAAACUUUCCCUUUUCUACACUAGGACACUGGGAGGGAAAGGACAACCUUGGAUUUUUUUUUUUUUAAUUUUUUUUUUAUUAUUAUUUUUUAUUUCAAGAAAAUGGGUUCUGUGGUUCCUGCCAUAGGAUCAUUCAGCUGCUAUUAAAAACUAAUAUCUUGAACAUACAGAAUGCUGACUUUUCCUACAUUUCAACAGUUAAGCAGUAUUCUAUACUUAAAGACUACUACUAUUUUUGUAAGAGGUAAUCUAUUAUAUUUGCCUACCUGAUUUCUAUUCUCAGAUACCAAGACACAACUUCAGCAGUCGGUACAAGUCACGUUUCAGCCUGUUUUAAAUGUAUGAUACUGAACAGCAUCUAUACCUGCUAUUUUUGGAAAAAAAAAUAUUUUGGAUUAUUCUAACUUUGCAUAAAAUUGGCUGAAAGAAUCAUUAACCUUUUUAAUUAAAGCCACUUACAUGUUAACUGCAUUUUCUUAUAGUAAAACAUUAUAUUCUGCAAUGUAAAUUCAAGGUAAAUGUUGCCACAAGGGGGUUUUUUAUAUUUUUCAAGCAUGAAUUCUGAACGUUUUGGGGUCCUAUUUAUAUCACUUGUCAGAUUCCUCCAGCAGAAUUUCUAGUGGGAGUGACACAGACUGUGUUUGUACAGUCCUGGUGUUAACAUGUGGAAUAACCUUUUUUAAUGAACAGUAGAUGUUUGGAUUUUUUUUAAAAACAGCCUUUUUUCUAACGAGUCUGUCAAGAGUAUUUUUCGUUGCUUUUGACUUUAAAUUGGAACACUGCAUUUUUCAGCUCUUGAAGAGCUGCUGGGCUUUGCCAGCAGAAGCCUCUGGGCAGUUCCUUUCAGAACCCACCCUGUCCAGUCAACCAAAGUUUGUUUGAAUGCAGCCAAAUCAUGUUCUGUAUUUGUUGAUGCUAAAGAUUUAUCAGGUAAAACACGUUGUAAUCUUUGUCCAGCUGCUCAUGACACGUGGGUUUAAGUUACAACUAAGGAAAAAUGGUGUAUUGACUGAAAUACGUGUAAUGUGCUUCGGAAAUGGGGUUGUUAGAGCACAUAAUUUAUUGAUUGUAGGGAUGGAAGUAAGUAUAUAUAUGAAUUAUAACAUGGGUUGAUCUCUUCAAAGGGGAAUAAAAUGCACUACCAGUAGAGGGAACUGAACUUUGAUGUUAGUUUGGAAAUUCUCAGUUAAGAUCUGUCUGACCUGCUCGUGGUGUGUGGAUAAAGGAGGCUGCUCAAGAGACGGUGCCAUUCUCCUCUCAGCCAUGAGGACAUUUGGGAUAAGCAGAGGGUUUUUUCCCAAUCAGCGUUGUGGUUUCGUAAUUCAGGUUACAAUUCAUCACCAAACCUGCACUAUUUUUACACGGCCAAUGAGAAGAAAGUCAGAGGUGUUGGAAAUGCUGAAGGGAUGGGAUGGAAGCAGCUGUUCCAUGUUUGCAGUGGAAGUCACAGUGAACCAGCUCAUUUUCUGUUUGUUCUGUGGAGCUUGAGCUCAGUUUUGUUCUGCCAAGUCUGACUGCCACAGUGAGUGCACUACUGCUGGAUGUUGUGUAUUAGAAUAGUGGGCAAGGGACUGCUUUUGUAGACUUGUGGUGAGAAUCUGGUGAGCCAAAGCCACAUGUUCAUUGGAUUAUUUUUUUUGUACAGCUGUUGCUGGCAGGGUUGUUCUGAGGGACUUGUUUCCCAUUCCGGGCUGGCUGCAGGGUGAGGCUACUUAGGGAUGUGAACAGAAAGCCAAGAGACUUGGUUUGACAGCCAGGUUUGAGAUAGAUCAGAACCUUUUUUUUAAUGUCAAGGGACUCUUGCACUCCUGUUGAAGGGCUGGUGGUGGUUUUGCAUCCACGUUGGGCUCCCUAAUUCACAACUUCCAGGUAAUUCUGGUACCAGAGAAGCUGCUGCUGUGUCAGUCCAGGGGCCUGGGAGAGCAAAGCAGGUGGUUGUUGCCCGGUGUGUUCCUCACUCACAACUCUGCCUGUGGUUGGGAACAAGCUCCAGACCCUCCCAGAGCCUCUGCUCACCCCCUGCACGUGCUGGGGUGUGAUGGAGUCACUUCUGACAGGCAUUUUACAGACACAGGUUCCUGUGACUCCCCUUCCCAGGACACUCCAGUGUUGUAGAAGUGAGUUUUGUUUUUAUUUUCCCCUGCUCUUGCCGCUCCCUGGUCAGGAGAGACAUCAUGGCAGAUGUAAGAUCUGGUUUGCUCCAGCUUUUGGGAGAAGUCGGGGCCCUGUGAGGUGACUCAGGGGAUUUGUGCCAGACAGCUCAGCCCUGCUCUGUCCCUGCCCUGUCUCCUGACCCCUCCCAGGAUCCUGCUCCCUGUUGGCCCCUGAGCCUGGUGGGUUUAUUGGACAGAGUUAUGGCCACCCUGAUGUCAUGAGAGCAUUUCUGAGGAGGGAGGAGAUGAGCUCUGCAGAACACAGACCCGAGGCCAGCCGAUGGUUACGUUCAUUUUCACAGCAGCCUUAGCAGUACAUCUGUUUUUCUACCAAACGUUUUCUUAUGGCACAGAGAAUUUUUUUUAACUGCCACAGAUAAAUAUUUUAAAUUUAAUAUAUUAUAGGCAAAGCUAGACAAAUCUACAUUGGACUUUCCAUAGCUGACAGAUGAGGAUGAAUAUACCAAGUAUUUUGAGUGCCUUUCUACCUUCAUAAAGUCUGAGAGCUUUAACUAAAGCACCUCAUCACCCAGUCAGAUGUUCAUCUGAAAAUGGUAAAGGGUCGAUUCCUUUGCAAAAUUUUGUUUUAAGAUCACAUCAGCUACUUUCCCCUCAAAAAAGGUGCUAAGCCUAAUAUUGCAUUUUAACCUUGGACUUUCACCCCAUGAUUAAUGUGAAUAUUUAUUUCAAUGUGUCCCUCUUACUGGGUUUUACUUUAUCCAGUCUUAGUUGUUUUAGAGAGAUGUCACAUCAUGGUUUUAUGCUGUUGCUUUUCAUGAUGAAUGUUUAAUUAUGAACAGUGACUUUUGUAGAUUUCAAAUAUACACAGUUGAGUUUCAGAGGAUUUAAUUUCUCGGUGUAAAGAGUUUUGUAAUGGUGCUUUGUACAGUAUGUAUUCUAAUUUUUUUUUUUUGCACAUAGUUUCAGUUUCCCUAAACUGAUUUAUUUGUACCAAAAUUUUUUGUGUUGUACUAAAGUCCAGAGCACACUUUUUUUUUUUUUUUUUAAAUUGCUGGUCUCCAACACUACAUCUGUAUUGAACUUCUGGUGCAUUUGAACUGGCUGCAUUGAUGGAAGUCAAAGCUUUGCUUCUCUGUCAUCCUCCAGCUGGAUGUAGCAUGUUCUGAUGGCUUUGGGUUUGAAACAGCACCACACCAUUACCAGGUGCCACUGGUUGAACUUUACACUAUGUAGUAAGUCCUGGCUCUACCACAUCCUCAGAGCUUUGUCUGUAGUUGUAAUUAGUUUAUCCAAGUGUAAUUACUCCUCCACAAACUGACAGUUCUUAGUUUAUCAUUUCCAUUGUAUUUAUUACCGAGUGUUUUAGCGUUGGUAUCAUUGUAUUUUCACCCAGCUGUUACAUGAGCUUUAACAACAACAACAAACAAAAUCUGUAUAAAAUGGUUUUUAAGUACUUAAUGUAUGUACCCAUGCAGAAGUUGAGCAAUAAAUUGUAUGCUGUUUGCACUGUCACAGCAUCAAUGGUUUUAAAA